GACACCGUAAGCGCUAAAUAUUUAACUUUUUGUUUUGAACGUGUCGCUUAUCUAUAAUUUCUUUAUCAGUUUAUCUAAUAUUUGCGGUGUGCUUCCUACAAUAACUGGUAAUAAGAACUUGCUAUAUAGUCAGAAAUAACUGAAAAAUAUUAUUAAUUUAAGUAGACGCCAUGAGUAGCCAGAAAGGAAAUGCAGCUCGCAAUCGACCACAAAAGCAUCAAAAUCGAUUUGCGUUUAAAAAUAAUCUUCAUGACACCAAUAUACGUACCAAACGUUUGAAUUCCAUACAAAUUCAUAGCGUUUGCCCUCGGUGUAAAGACAUAUUGGAAUGGAAAAUCAAGUACAAAAAAUAUAAGAUGUUAAAAGCACCCAAGAACUGCAACAAAUGUCACAAUAAGACUGUAAAAGAAGCAUACCAUACAAUGUGCCAUCAGUGCUCAAGCUCUUUGGAAUUAUGUCCCAAGUGUGCUGUACCAAGGAUCGAAUGGGCUAAAGAUGAUCAGAAAACAACAUCUGAAAAUGGAGGUGAUGACAAAAAUGAUUUAGAAAACAGUGAUGAUGACAACGAUGAAUCAGGAAGUGAUACUUGCAGUAAUCCAUCUCUUAGUUGACCUGUAUAUAUUCUAUAUUAUUAUGCCUAAUUCAUUUCCAUUAUUGUUUCAUUAUUUCUAUUGAUCAGAUUAAAACUUUCUUUACAAUAAGGUA